AUGGAUCCGAUUGUCGAAGUACAUUCCGUCACACGAACAACUCAAAGACAAACAAAUAAAAAAUCAAAUGAAAAACUCGAUACAAGUCGUAUAGAUAGCAUAGCAAAUGUAUUCAAUGAAGUUAAAUCUCAAUUACAUGCUCGUCUAGUAAACAGUGUUCUUGAUAUUGUUAAAAAGAAUGAUAAAUUCCGUCGUAAAACAAAUCGAUGUUUUGAACAUAUUCCAAUUAUGGCAUUAUGCAUGGAUUCGAAUAUAUCUGAACAUGUUCAUUUAUUCGAUGAACUUCACGAUCAAUUGUCUUCAAAAUUUAAUUCUAUUAUUGUAAAAUUUGAAAGCGUUGAUCAAUAUUCAUCUAUUCAUAAUAUGCUUAAAACCACUAAAGGUGAAUUAAAUAAAUUCUAUCCAGACAAAGAUAAUCAAAAUAAAAAUGUUUAUUUUCAAUUAAGUAAAUUUAUUACAAAUUAUAAUCAGUUAAAAGAAAAUGAGAAGCGUUCAUUGAUUUUUAUUAUUCCUGAGUUCGAAUCAAUUAAUAUUUCUAUAUUUGAGCAUUUUAUUACAUUACUUAGUUUACAAGUAAAAUCAAUGUCAAUUUCAUUCGUUCUUGGUUUAUCAGGUGGUGAUCAUUCAUUACAACGACUUGUAUCAAGUCGCAUUGCAUCGAAAUUAUCUAUUGACACAAUUUAUGAUUCUAGUGCAAGAAAAUAUUAUGAACAUAUCAUUAAAGCCUUAUUUCUUUCAGAAAAUGAUAAACAUGAGAAAUUUGCAAUAACAGCUGAACAACUGCAGUUCAUUGAUAAUGGUUAUUUUGAAUCCUAUUCAUUGGCAUGGCUUGAACACGCAUUGAAAUUUAUUGCUUUUUCUGAAACGAAUCUUGAACAAAGUAAUCAACUUAACAUUUGUCUAUUCAAUGCUACAUACGUUUCAUGUAACCAAUUGCCAAAUUAUCCUCUUGGUCGUUAUCGUUCAUCAUUUUACGCAUCGUAUCUAUCGAAUAGUCCCAUAUUUAAUGAAUUAACAUUAUCAGUAAAUUCAUCUACUAGUUAUCAGCUUGAUACAUGUCUUAAUUCAUUUAUGGAACAUCAAUGUGACGGGAAUUCUUUAUGUAUGAAAUCAAGUAAAUUAGCAAAAAAGAUUUUUAUUGAACAACAACAACCUAUUGCUGAUGAUAUACAAUCUCUUAGUAAUACAUUACGUUCAGUUGGUGAUAGAAAAUUAAAUCGUUAUCGUGAACAAGUUUUUCUAUGGCUUAAAGAAAUUUGCGAGUCAUUUAUAUUAUUAACAAUAAAUUCUUCGACUAAAAUCAAUGAUAACCUAUUACAUGAAAGAUUAAUGCCUAUGACUCGAGGAAUAUUUAUUCGAGAAUUAACGGAUACAUUUCAUUGCAAACGCGAACAAACACCUGAUCUAGCAUUACUCUAUCGUAUUUAUACAGAAUCUGGUACUAAAAUUCCACUCAGUGAUUGGUUCGAUUCAUUUUCAGUAUUAUUAGAAGAACAAGAAAUGGUUGUUGAUGAUAAAGAUAAAUCGAUAUUAGCACGCUUUAUUCAUAGUAUCGCUGAACUUGAUUAUCUCGGUUUUACAAAAACAUCAUUACAACGUUCAUAUCAUGCAACAAAAUUAACUUGGGAUAGUUAA